GUUUAAUUCCACGGUAUUUUUUUUAUCUCGUGUGUACGCUGUUUAGAAACGUGUGUGAAUGUAUUGGAUUGCGAUAACGUGUAUGGAACAUUACACACGUGACCACACUUUGAUCAAGCAGAGGUCAAGGGUGAAUUGCCUCAGAUUUAUAAGUUAACUCGGUCGCAUGAGACUAGUCAGUCACUGUUGCAUACUCAAUACCAGUUGGAAUAAACCAGUAUAGACAGAUGUCGGCGCAAACGCUCGCACAAUCUCAGAAACAAACCAUCUUGGAUCCGUCGGAUAAGUAUCGGCCAGAGCCGAUUUACGCGGGAAAGCUGAAGAGCGAGUUCAGGGAUUACUCCGUAGAUCCAACCGAUCCGGUAAAGGAACGCGUCCGGAACACCUAUCACAAGAUGCACACGAAUCAAACUGUCGAGUUUGUACAAUCUCGCAUGAAAGAAUGGCUUCGCUUCGACAAAUUCAAGAUGACCGUAAAAGAUGCUUUGAUCAAAUUGAACAACUUAGUGGACGAGAGUGAUCCGGACACAAGUUUGCCAAAUAUCGUGCACGCUUUCCAAACCGCAGAAUCCAUCAGAAAAGAGCAUCCUGACUUGGAUUGGUUCCACUUGACCGGAUUGAUUCACGACUUGGGCAAGGUAAUGGCGUUUUAUGGUGAACCGCAAUGGGCAGUUGUGGGUGACACGUUUCCUGUCGGAUGUGCUUGGGCUGAUUCUAUCGUGUACAGGGCAACUAGCUUCGAGGACAAUCCAGAUGGUAAAGACGUUCGUUACAACACAAAAUAUGGCAUUUACAAACCAAAGUGCGGCAUUAAUAAUUUGCUGAUGUCCUGGGGCCACGACGAAUAUUUGUAUCGCGUCCUGGUGCACAACGAUACCAAACUACCUAAGGAGGCUUUGGCUAUGAUUCGUUAUCACUCGUUCUAUCCAUGGCACGCGGGUGGUGACUACAUGCAUUUCUGUACUAAGGAAGAUGUAGAAAUGCUGAAAUGGAUCAACGAAUUUAACAAAUAUGAUCUAUACACUAAGAGCGGCGAGGUUCCCGACAUCGAGAAGCUCUGGCCCUACUACGAGAAACUGAUCGAUAAAUACAUCCCGGGUGUAUUAGAAUGGUGAAAAUGCAAAUCGUAGUAGAGUACAACCGAUUGAUUACCGAUUGAUCACAGAUUAUUGGCUAUUGGCUACUGGCUUUCAACCAUCGAACGUCAAGCGAUCGACGAAUCAAUUCCUAUCUGAGACUAAAAUGAAUUGGACGAUGCUGUACUUAUUUCUUAAUGAUUAACUUAAUACGCAAUCGCGGAUCUACUUCCGUUCCCUGGAGGGAAACACGAAGAAUCGCGAUGGGAAAGACGAGUAGUCGAUGUCGAGUCGAAUCGAAUCGAAUGGAAUGGAAUUAGCUAAGCAAAGCGAUCGAACAGUCACGAAAUAAUAAAAAUGUGCAAGGACGAAUGAAUAACGGGGGAAGAACGAUGAGCAAUGCUUUCCCUUUCUUCGAUUGUUCAACUUGCGAAAAGAAAUUCGUGGAAUGAUCGAUAGAAUUAAGGAUAGGUGCGAAACUGUUGACUAAAUAGGAAAGUCCAGCAAUUUUCAAGGGAGGAAGAAGGGAAAGUCUGACAAGUAGGGAAUCAUCGUAUCGAGCGAACGAGUCACGAAACUCUUGCUUUUAUUCUUAGCUUACAUCGUAUACAUUUGUAUUUGAUUCACCGAUCGAAUGCAUCUUUGUCGUAUUCCGAAGGAACGAGGAAUCGUCGGCGCAAGACUCUAUGGUUGAUAUAAUUUAUACAAUGUCACUAUUUAAUAUUUCUUUAUUUAAUGUUUGUUAAAUAAAGAAUUUUUGUCAUACAAUUGGAGGAGUUUUUAAUAUUUAAAUUAAAUAUUUAACCUAUUAAGGAUGUUAGCAAAGUGCAAUUCUCCUGAAUUCUCCUGCAAUUUAUUAAAUAUUGCGAUUAUGAAGGAAGAUGUUAACGAUUCGUUUGUAAAUUUUAUAAUUUUAUGAAAUUUCAAAAGAACCGAAUUAUUUGUAACGUUAUGAUAAAAUCAUUGCUUGGUUCUUCAUAAGUAUAAUCCUUUUGAAACUGUAGUAAUAUAACGAUCAGAUUGCAGAUUUUAGAAUAUAAAAAUGCAGAGCAUGCACAUGACAUGCAAAAAACAUAUAAAAUAUAAGAAUCGUCUAAAAUUAAGUUCUUACUUAUGUUUCAUUUCUUUAAUCGCAUUCAUAAAAACAUGAAAUUGUAUAAAAAUCCGAAACCUAACAAUAACAUACCUAUAUUCAAAUUUGGAGAAAAAAAUAGAUUCAGCCUAAUUUUUAGAACACUCAACACAAUAUCAGAAAUAUUAGUAAUCUAAUAAUUUUUCUAAAAUUUGGGAAGGUCCUGUAUUGUUAGCCUCAUUGAGAGGCUUCUCAAACAAAAACUGAAAUUCUUCGUUUCGAAGAAAUUCACAAAUGAUAUUUCGACUCGCGUCGUCUCACGGAGACUUCUUCAAAUGUUAGAAUGCGACGAUUUCAAAGAGAAGUCGAGAAGAGGAGAAAUCGAGCAGGAAGAGUAGAGGGAGAUGCAGGAGAAAAAGGAUGGUGGCGAAAGAGGGAGAAUUCCUUGGUGGUGCGACGCAUCGUAUCCGUAAUGCGCGAAAGGUGGUACGGGAAGCUCUAGAAACCACGGGUAUGCGUGGUUUCCCGGGUAAUCGAAAACGCGUCGACUUUCGAGAAGACCCAUCGUGGACCAUCAAACGCUGGUUACCCGUCCGCCGCGUUCCUUCGUUCCCACGUGAUGCGAUUAGCCUUCACGAACUUUUCGAAACAUUCACACGUUUCACACGUAUUAUCAUGAAUACGAAAUUAAAGCGAUUUAAUACGAUUCGAUUCG